CAUCCAAGAUGAGGACCCUCCUGGUGUUGCUGCUGCUGGCUGUUGUGUGUGCUUCUCUGGCCCGGGCCCUGUACUGCCAUGUGUGCUGUGGGCACGAGAAUUGCGAGUCUCUCGUGGAGUGCGCCUUGACGGACAAGUACUGUGUGAUCACUCGGGCCACCAACCCUGGUGGCAUCCUGGUCAUGAAGUCCUGCGCGCCAACCUGCCCCAACAGCACCGUGUCUUCCGACGGCCGCGCUCUCUCUGUCUUCUGCUGCGAGGGCAACCAUUGCAACCGUAGUGCCGCCUCAGGCCUGACCAGCAGCCUUGGGGCCCUGUGGGCCAGUGCCUCUGCCAGCCUACUGUGGGCGCUGCUUCGAGCUGCCUGGUGAGGGCCUGCGUGGCCCUUCCCAGCUGUCGGGGGGGGGGGCAGGGAGGAUCUGUUUGCAGCCUCAGAAGUAUCCUACCCCCCCGCCCAGCCAGGCUGUUAACCUCUCUUCCCAUUUCCCCCAGGACACACUCAAGUCUUCCCUUCUCUCGCAGAAAGGAAGUAGCAGCAUCUGUCCCCAAAGGCUCCAGCUCUCUUCCUUUCUCAGGAAAUGUUCCAACAGGGCACAAGGACACACCUCCCCAAGAGCUGCCCUCCCCCUCUUCUAUGAGACCUCAGCCCUUUGCUGAAUCCUGGAAGUGCCUAGCAACCCUCAGUUUGAAGAGCCAGCUGUUUCCCCAACUCCCCCCACCCACAUUUCAGGAGCAUCCAACAGAUAUUAGGCUUGGCUUUUGUAUUACCUGCUCCUUGCCUGAGGACCCUGUACAUGGCCAUCUGGACCCCUGGGCCUCUUCUAUGCAUGAAGUGAUCCUGGUAUGGACAUGAUUGUAAAGUUUGGGCACUGGAUCCUUCCAGCUCUUUGUACUCUAUAGCUACCAAUAUUCUCUCUGUUCAUACAACCAUUUACUCACCCACCCACCCACCCAUCCAU